AGGAAAUACAGAAAUUUCAAAAAUAUUUUGAAACUGCGUAUAGACCUGAUGAUCUUAGUCGAACCAUAUGCGAAGCAGCGGCCGAAUUAAAACGUAAAUUGACAGAGAAGUUUAAAAAACUGUCAUUGCCUUCCAAUCUUUCACCAGAGGCGCGCUAUGACCUGGCUUUCAAUUGUCAUCCACCAAAGUUUCCUCCUUUGCCAACUGCUGACUUUGGGGUGGCGUUUGGUUUUCCACUUCCAGACUGGUUCCUUUGUGGGGAUUUUAUGAAAAUUCUUCGUCAAAAGUAUCAAAAACCUGCUGAGCGUGUGGUUCCGACUAAGUAUCAUCUGGGCGAAUAUCCAGGACACCUUCAUAUUGGAAUAGAACACGUUCGCGUGGAAGAUACCAUUCUUGAAGCCGUGAAGAUCCCUGCUAAGAAAGCUGUUGUCGAAGCGUCGCCCAGUACUGCUAAGAAGCCUUCGACAAAGGUAAGUCGAAAACCCUCAACAAUCCAAAAGAAGAAGAGUGAAGAGGAGAGAAAAGAGGAUAAAGUCCCUAGUGAAGAGUCUGGUGAUGAAUCUCCAGAGUUAAUCCCUCCCCCUCAGAAGAAAAAGAAACUCACGAAGGUCUCUUCCCAAAGGUCCAUUGUUAACCCAAUCAGGAAGGAUUCUGCCAGUACUUCUCCUGCCAAGCCUCAGUCGAAAGAUAUGGGGAGUGGGAAAUCCGGUUUUAAUACUGAAAUUCCUGAGGAACAAGUGGCUGUCGAAAAAACGCCUGAGAAAAUUUUGGAGGAAACAGCCCCAGAGGAAGAUGUCCCCACAAGUGACCAUGAUAUGCAAACCGUAGAAGAAUUCGACACUACAGUGGGUGACGCCUCUGAAGAUGAAUCUCCUCCUCAUCCAGGAUUGCAUGUUGCACCUCAGGGUGAUGAUAUUGAAAUGGAGGUUGUAGUCGAAGAUGAUCCUGAAGAUGGAGCUGCCAGAGAUGGGGACAACCAGUCGAAACGAACAGAGGUUGAGCGUAUUUCGACGCGAAACACUCCACCUGCUUCUGACCGGGCCCAAGGGAGUGGCAAAUCAACUGGUUCGACCAGUUUCUCUCGCGAGGAGCUUGAAAAUCUCAAAGUGCAAAGACCUUUGGAGUAUCUGAAAGCCAUGCUUAGCACCCGUUUUAAUUUUCAGGAUUCUUCGCAGAGUAGUUCGACCACUUCUGGGGCAACUUCUGAAGCACCAUCACUUGGCAGCCUCCUGACCAAGAUCAAAACGAAAAUCCUUGAUGUCGAUUUGUUUAAAGUCUUGGAAGAGAAUUCCCUUGCUCAAAUUGGUCUUAAGAAAAUCUUGAAGCAAGUGAAUGUUUUGGAAACUUCUGCUGAGAUUGGAAGUUUCGUGAUGGAGUUGAUGACUCUCAUUGACUUGGCCACUGCAGAUCUCCAUCGUCAAAGGGAUCUUACCGCUCAAAUCUCCUCCAAGUCUGAAACUCAAACUGCUGAAUGGGAUGCCGUUUCGACUUCGACUGACAAAGUUUCAAAAUUGCAAAAGCUCUCUGAAACGUAUGUUGAAGAAGUUGCUGCUUGCAAUGACAAUAUUCAAAAAUGGAAAACACAGAUAGCAGCACUUCAAGAAAAGAUCUCUCAAGAGGAGAAACGUAAGGCAUCCAUUCAGCAACCCAAGCAGAGCGAGAUUGACGAAGAAUUGAGGGUGGGUAUUCGACAUGCAGAGAAAGCCCAUCAACUUAGUCAGGAGAUUGAGACUCUCUCUACUCACAAAAGUCUUUGUGAUCAUCGACUCCAACUCCAGAGGCAGAAGUUCGCCACUUUGAAGGAAACUUUUGCCAAUUUUAAUUUUUAGUCGAAUUUAUUUAGCAACUCUCAGCCCUUUGAGGCUUUCUUUGUAAUAACUUUUGAAUGCCAUUUUUAUUUGGCCCA